CUGGGUGAGAAUGGCAAAGUUGAGUUGAUGUGGAUGUGGUUACGAAACGAAGAUGAGUAGAAAAAUCAUAAAUGUUUGUCGUUUUCGAAUGGUGAAUUUAACGUAAGUCAUGUCGUGGAGUUCAUUACCGCUUGUUGAGAUGGAUGGGUCUGAUAUGGAUAAUCGAGUGAGGGAGACGAGCAGCAGAUGGCACAACCAAGAUGAUAUUGAUGGUAUUGAAAAAGAUAUUGGUGAACAACUUAGUGCAUUUAGGGAUCAGAGUAGAAGCAACCGGGAUGAUGAAAGGCAUAAAAGUACAACCAGAGCUGAGAUUGACGAGUUUGGGCGUGAUGCCAACCGGAAGCCAUUUGAUCGUAAUUUUGGUAGUUCUCCUGAGCGAAGGAAUUCCCCGAGACGUAGAGAGAGAAGUCCCAGUCCACGUCGUGGAAGAGAUGGUGAUUAUGAUGAUUGGGACACGCCUUAUACACGUGAUAAUGAUAAAGGACGUAGUGAGAACCGUUAUCAGGAUCGUUCUCCACGUGGUUCUGAUCGAUAUAGGGAUAGAAGGGGUGAUGAUUAUAGAGGAAGGGACUAUCGUGUUGAUAGAGAUCGCUGGGAACGUGAUGACAGGGAUUACAGGGGACGUGAUGCAAGAGAUAUGUGGGACGAGAGGGACUAUAAGGAUCGUGAUGCAAGAAGUCGUUGGUAUGAUAGAGAUUACAGAGAUCGUGAUGCGAAGGAUCGUUGGGAUGAUAGAUAUUACAAAGAUAGGAAUGCGAGAGAUCGCUGGGAUCAUGAUGAUAGAGAAUGGAAGCAUGAUCGCUUUGAAGAGGAUGAAAGAAGACGGAGUGGUCGUGACAGAGAUAAUAAUGAACGAUGGUCCGAACGUAGAUCUCAAGACCGCUAUGUUAGAGAUUAUGGACAUCGUAGAGAUUAUAGAGAAGAUCCAAGCGAGAUUGUGAUGUUGAAAGGCUUGCCAGCAACAAUUGAAGAUACACAGAUCCACGAAAUCCUUGCGGAGACCAAACUUCCUUACAAGGACGUUCGAUGUGUGAAGAAUCGUGAAGGUCAAUCCAGAGGCUUUGCAUUCGUUGAAUUUCUUGACGUUUCAACUGCUAAACAAUGGAUAGAGGACUGUAAGGGCAAGUUAAACAUUGACGGUUCAAAUGUGUACAUGGAUUUCAGUCGAUCAAAGAUGUCAGUCGAGUCUCAUCGAGAUUGGGUUUGUAGCAAGUGUGGCACUCAAAAUUUUUCUUCCAAGAGAAGGAGUUCGUGUUUUUCUUGCAGUGCUCCUAAAGAUGAGAAUGAUGAAAUGAAAGAAAUGGGAACAAUUCCUUGUAAAGUUCUCAUACUUCGAGGCCUGGACAUUCUCACGACUGAAGAGACGAUCCGUCAGUCAUUGGCUACGUUUACAACCACGCCCAUCUUCGACGUCAGACUCAUCAAGGAUAAACUCACCGGGACUUCACGAGGAUUUUGUUUCGUCGAAUUGGGCUCUGUAGAGGAAGCAACUCAACUCAAAGACGACCUUCAAACAUCCUCUUUUAAGAUAGAUGAGAAGUUGCUAUUUGUCUCUUUCGCUAAGUUUGGUGCAAAUCCCUCAAAGACGGGAACGUCAGCAGGUACUUCAUUCACUACUACAACUUCUGUCAGUGACACAAAAUCAAAGUCCUCCAACCAAGCAAGAUCUAAUGUUGCUGCCAAUGCGAUUGCGCAGGCUCGUGCUGCUGCGCAAAUGAGUUACACCGCUGACAAACAGUAUACUGAAGGCUCGAUGGACUUCUAUUCGACUGCAGAUGUGCGAGUGUCGACAACAGAUUCCAUUGAAAAGGAGAAGUCCUCGGAUACUUCGGACACAAACACAGCCCAAAAAACGGCAACAACUCAGGCAGUUUCGUCAUACGUUUACGAUGCAACUAGUGGUUAUUAUUAUGAUACGACCACUGGUUUAUAUUACGAUCCAAAUUCACAGUAUUAUUACAACAGCGCCACACAACAGUACAUGUAUUGGGAUGCUGGAACACAACAGUAUGUUACUGUUGUUUCUUCUGGUAACACAAGCGAUUUAACAUCGGGUGCUGAGAAUGCGGCUAGCAAAGAGAAGCAAAAAAAGGCAAAAAGUUUAAAUGCUAAAAAGAUUGCAAAAGACAUGGAACGAUGGGCGAAAAAGCAAGCGAAAAACAAGGAAGUUUCUCGUCCACAGAUCACAACAGCACAAGAUACAACAAAAGAUAAGAUAUAUCAAUACGACCCGAGCGAUCUUAAGAGCGGCAUAAAGAUGGCAAUUAGUGGAUCAACCAACGUCACCACAUUGACAACUUCGAGUCCACUGGCUGUAUUAUCUGAACUGGAUGGUCCCACCAGUGUUUCUGAGCCGACAGAAAGCAGCACUAAACUUGUGGCGGAGUAUGAAAAUGACGAUUCGCCUGGUGAAGAUGAAACGGAGGAAAAUUACACUGAUUUUACCAAGUUGGCAUGUUUAUUGUGCAAACGACAGUUUCCAUCUAAAGAAAUGCUGACAAAACACACCCAACUUUCGGAUCUUCAUAAGCAAAAUUUAAUGGUUCAGAAAAAGUUAAAAAUGUCAUUUUCCGAAAUUAACGAAUAUGAAAAGCAACAAAGAGAGGCAAAAUAUCGCGAUCGUGCUAAAGAAAGGAGGGAGUUAUUUGGACAGCCUGAUUCUGCCCCUUCUGGAAAGAAGAAGAGGAAAGGGAAAAUGGUUUAUGAGCAGCCGACAAAAAAUGGUAUCCAAGAGGACAAUAUCGGAAACAAAAUGCUUCAGGCGAUGGGUUGGACUGUCGGAACGGGUCUUGGUAAAGAUCGACAAGGAAUCGUUGAUCCUAUUUUGGCGAAAAUGCGCAAUCGAACUGCAGGUCUUGGUUUGAAAGGCAGCGACUAUGGAGCAACUGCUGGCGAUUCCGAGAGAGAUCUUUUAAAGAAAAUGGCACAAGCUCGAUACGAGAACGAAUGAGUUUACAUAGAAGCAAGAAAAAAUACUUCUUGGUUGAAGAUUGAAGAUUGGAAUGUACAUACAAGAAAGCGAUUAUGAAUAGAUAAUGCGUCACAAUUCUUUGGAAAUAUUUUAAUAAAAUAUAUUGCCUUAUCUAA